CGUCACUGUAUCUCUCACUGUUGCCCCCCUUUGUCCUCUGCACCCCUGAACCCAGAUCUUCCUUGGGGGCAGCAUUGUUAAAGGAGGCCCUGUGGAGGUGCUGGAGGACCAAGAGUUAAAGUGUCAGCCGGAGCCCCUAGUGGUCAAGGGAAAACGCAUUCCUGGAGGCCCUCAGAUGAUCCAGCUCAGCUUGGAUGGGAAGCGUCUUUAUGUCACCUCGUCGCUGUACAGCGCCUGGGACAAGCAGUUUUACCCCGACCUCAUCAGGGAAGGCUCCGUGAUGCUGCAAAUUGAUGUAGACACUGUAAAUGGAGGGCUCAAGUUGAACCCCAACUUUCUGGUGGACUUCGGGAUGGAGCCCCUUGGUCCAGCACUGGCUCAUGAGCUUCGGUACCCAGGAGGUGACUGCAGUUCUGACAUCUGGAUCUGAAGGCUCGCCCCAAAUCCCCUCCUCUAUGUUCUGAGCCCUCCCUUGAGGAGCCUGUCCUCACUCUGUUCGCUUGGCCCCCACUCUCCAAGGCCACAUUGAGACUAGUGAGAUCUACUGAGUAGCAUCUCGCGACUGUUGCUUGUUGUCACUGUGCUGUUCCUAAAUGAGCUCUUGAAGCCCCAAGAAAUAAAAUGCUGAGCCUGUCCUCA